AUGCGGGAGCUCCGGUCAUAUAGUCCCACACGCCGCAGUCUUAACUUUGCUCUAUUUUGUUCAGACUUGGAAUUAUCAAGCGAGUUUUACGAUCAUCACUUCAAACGUCUUGGUGCUGAGAUCUGUACCAUCGUGUUAUCAGCAUUUUCCCCCAAAGAGGAACAACAGGCUCCUCGGACGUCUCCGUGGCUAAGAGACUAUCCGAAAGAAUUCAUCAGACAUGUUGAGCUUGUAGCUCAUAUGGACGCACGAGCAGGAAAAUGGGAGAGACUUCUUUGUGAUAAGGGAGAGAGGACGAACCUCCUUCAGGCUAUCAUUUUCAAGGUCCUCGAUAAUCGAGUCUUUUCUCGGCUGCUAUUUGGAGCCAGUUCCAAGCAUGAUGAGACAUUGCAUAAUUCCGACGUUGCACUCAUCAAUGCAGAAGGUUUCCAACGCAGCGAGCUCCGAGCUCAUACCACCAGAGCUUGGCUUGAAAUGCGCAGAGGGGAGCCCGACUUUUUUUGGGGAGAGGUCGACAAGCUAAGCACCGAGGUUUACCUUCUGUUGCUCCAUGUCUACGAGUUCACGGCCAGUUUUGACGGUUAUGAACCCAUUUCGAGAACAGAGUUGUAUCAGCUACUGCAUGAUGUGAUUUCAUACGCAGGUUGGCUCAGUGUAGGCCUUCGCAUGUCAUCGGCCAUCGUCUCGAUUAACUGGCUCAUACCUGGUGAGCUGCACGCGGUGAACCAAGUGAGUACCUGUCAGACGGCGUACAAAGCUUCAAAGGAGGCAGCUCAGCAGCAUGAAAGGCGGUUACAAGAGAAGAGGCCUGAAAGAGAGCAAAUGGGCUCCAUGGCCAGGGUCAAGAUAUCAGUCAUUCCAGAGAUCAUUCGAUACCAGCCAUAUGCAAAGGAAGCUAGUGCCAAGGGCAUCGCCUCUUACAGAAUCAUGGAACCUCACGCGGUGCAUUAUCAGGGACUGCAACAAGAGUAUGAUGAGAACAGGGCAUUCAUCAGCCUGCCGGACUACAUCAAGAAGCUGCGGGAUAGAAACUGCGCACCACGCAACGCUGCCCUGGUCAUAAUGGCCACUUUAUUGAUCUGUUUGUGGGUUCUUUAUACUACCUCGGGCCAACAAACCUGGCAGAGAACCAAGGGAUGGGUGAUUCCGGAGCCUGAACCUGAACCUGAGCCUGAGAAAUCGUGGUGGAGAUUUGGAUGGUAA